AUGUUCAGCAACGACAUGAAGGAGAGGAACAGUGGACAUGUCGAUAUCACCGAUUUCGAGGACGAUACCAUACACCGAAUGCUGCUGUACAUGUACACUGAUUCAUUGGAAGAUCUCAAGUUUGAAAGCGCAUCCAGUUUGUACAAGAUUGCUGACAAGUACCGGGUUCUGUCCCUAAAACGCAGGUGUUCUUUCCUCUUGAAAGAGAACUUGAGUGCAUCAAAUGCGUGUGAUAUUUUGAUUCUGGCUUAUCUACACGAUGAUGAUGGCCUGAAAAGUGCUUCCCAGGAUUAUAUAAUGGGUCAGAGGAAACAAUUUUUUUGCUCUGAGGAAUGGAAGGAAUUCAUGAAAACUCAUCUUGAUAUUGCUGCAGACGUUAUGGGCAGAAAGAUGUAUCAAGAAUAA